CGCCGCCGCUGCCGCCGGCUCCGCGUGGGUGGCGGCCGCGCAGAGCCGAGCCUCCGCGGCCGCGCAGAGCCGAGCCUCCGCGCCCGCAGAGCGGCGGGCCGGGGCUGUGCCGGGCCGGGCGGGGCCGGGCCGGGCCGGGCUCGGCGGCGGCGGCGGCGGCGGCGGCGCUGCGCGGAGAGGCGCGGAGCAUCGCGGAGCGGAGCAUGUCGGCGCUGCGGAGGAAGCUGGGGGACGAGUACCAGGUGGUGAGCACCUCGGCCAGCGGAGGGGGGCUGCCCCCCCCCCGCGCCGCCCCCCGGGGCAAGCGGCAGCGCUUCGUGGACAAGAACGGGCGGUGCAACGUGCAGCACGGCAACCUGGGCGGCGAGACCAGCCGGUACCUCUCCGACCUCUUCACCACCCUGGUGGACCUCAAGUGGCGCUGGAACCUCUUCAUCUUCAUCCUCACCUACACCGUGGCCUGGCUCUUCAUGGCCUCCAUGUGGUGGGUGAUCGCCUACAUGCGGGGGGACCUGAACAAGGCGCACGACGACAGCUACACCCCCUGCGUGGCCAACGUCUACAACUUCCCCUCCGCCUUCCUCUUCUUCAUAGAGACCGAGGCCACCAUCGGCUAUGGCUACCGCUACAUCACGGACAAAUGCCCCGAGGGCAUCAUCCUCUUCCUCUUCCAGUCCAUCCUGGGCUCCAUCGUGGACGCCUUCCUCAUCGGCUGCAUGUUCAUCAAGAUGUCUCAGCCCAAGAAGAGGGCCGAGACCCUGAUGUUCAGCGAGCACGCUGCCAUCUCCAUGCGGGACGGCAAGCUCACCCUCAUGUUCAGGGUGGGCAACCUCCGCAACAGCCACAUGGUCUCGGCGCAGAUCCGCUGCAAGCUGCUCAAAUCCCGCCAGACGCCGGAGGGUGAGUUCCUGCCGCUGGACCAGCUGGAGCUGGACGUGGGCUUCAGCACGGGGGCCGACCAGCUCUUCCUGGUGUCCCCGCUCACCAUCUGCCACGUGAUAGAUGCCAAGAGCCCCUUCUACGACCUCUCCCAGCGCAGCAUGCAAACGGAGCAGUUUGAGAUUGUCGUCAUCCUGGAGGGCAUCGUGGAAACCACGGGGAUGACGUGCCAAGCCAGGACAUCCUAUACCGAGGACGAGGUGCUGUGGGGUCAUCGCUUCUUCCCCGUUAUCUCCCUGGAAGAGGGGUUCUUUAAAGUCGAUUACUCCCAGUUCCACGCGACGUUUGAGGUGCCCACCCCACCCUACAGCGUGAAGGAGCAGGAGGAGAUGCUGCUCAUGUCUUCUCCCUUGAUAGCGCCCGCUGUCAGCAACAGCAAGGAAAGGAACAACUCGGUGGAGUGCCUGGAUGGUCUCGACGAAGUUGGCACAAAACUGCCUUCAAAACUGCAGAAAAUAACCGGGAGGGAAGACUUCCCCAAAAAACUCCUCAGGAUGAGUUCCACCACCUCUGAGAAGGCCUACAGCAUGGGGGAUUUACCCAUGAAACUCCAGCGGAUCAGCUCGGUCCCCGGGAACUCGGAGGAGAAACUGGUGUCUAAAACCACCAAGAUGAUGUCGGAUCCCAUGAGCCAGUCGGUGGCCGACCUCCCGCCCAAGCUGCAGAAGCUGUCGGGCGGCGGCGGCAGGAUGGAGGGCAACCUGCCGCCCAAACUGCGAAAAAUGAAUUCGGAUCGGUUUACAUAACCCGGCAGGACUUGGAGCUGCCGAGCAGAGCUGGAACUGCUGCUGGCAAGGGCAGGGGGGGCCGGAGAGCGCGUCCCCCCCAGCCCUUGGCGUGCCGGGCUCUGUGGUCCCCGGGGGCGCCGGGAGGCAGGAGCAUCCCCGGGCAGCGGCGGCCGCGCUGUAAGUAGGACCCAGGGGACGACGGGGGCGAGCGGACCUUCGUUGGCAUGUAGUAUCACAACACGCAUGCAAUAAUAGUGUGCAAUUUUUGCAUAUAGUUUUAUGGCAUGACUCCUACUAUAUUUAUACUGUAUAUCCUGAAAAAAAUACGGAAGGGGGCGUUCCUUUCCCCUUGUAUUUCUUAAGAGUAAGUGGUCGGUAAAACAUGCGAGUGGGUAACUUUUCAGGGUAAGUUAUAGUUUGAUUUGAAAUUGUUCUGGGUUUGGUUUUUUGUUUUUGUUUUUUUUUCCUGAUGUGGAUCGUGAUGUUUUGUUAACAAAGUAGCUAUGGUGCAUGUCGUUUUUCUUAAAAGAAGGUAUAUUAGUUAA